CUCUCUCUCUCUCUCUCUCUCUCUCUCUCUCUCUCUCUCUCUCUCUCUCUCUCUCUCUCUCUCUCUCUCUCUCUCUCUCUCUCUCUCUCUCUCUCUCUCCCUCUCUCUCUCUCUCUCUCUCUCUCCUAGUAUUUUGCAGUGUUUGGUUAUGUCUGGGAUUUCCCAGCCCGUAGCAGAGUGGUUGAGCGCGCUCCGUCUCGACCAGUACUGCUUGGCGUUUCAGGAGGCCGGACUGGACACAUUGUGGGAAUGUCAGGAUUUGACGUCCGCGGAACUGCACCAGAUGGGCGUGGCUCUUCCCGGCCACAGGAAGCGGCUUCUCGGCAGCAUACGUAAGCGGUUUCCUACGCCGUCAGGUACGGAGGAAGAUGAGGAGAGAGAGGAAGGCAGACCCGUUCCCAGAGAGAGGACGAAGUUCAGAGCGGCCUCAGGAUCUGACAAGAAGGACGACAUCGUUCGCAACACUCUGCCUCCUGUGCCUCCUCGGGUCACGCCCAAUCGACCUCCGGUGCCCUUUACAUCGGCAUCUGUUACUAAAUCCAUCUCAGACCCUAAUAUGGCGAGGAACGCUACGCAACACCCAAUCACACCCGCGCCGAGAGAAACGCCCAUCCCUGCCGAACGAUGCAAACCCACCCCUGCUCCGAGGCCACGCCCAGAACACCUGCCUCUGAAAGGGCAAGUGCAGAAGAGCGAGAGGAAACUAUCACCCGUGUCGCCCACUCUCUCCCUCUCUUCAUCAUCGUCCACCUCCUCCUCGUCUGAUCGCUUCCACCUGUAUGAACAGUGUUCCUCACCCGCUCAGGGAGAAGCGGCUCCACCUCUUCCUCCCAAGAGCUAUGCCGUGGGUGUCUCCAAAGAAUCCACAGACGCCCAGUUUCCUCCUCAGGUUCCUCACAGACCUCCCGUUCCUCCUCCACGAGUUUCUGUCAAUCCCAGCAGCCCGUCCAGUUCCAGCUCUACAGCAGAUGAUCUUCUGGAUCCGGAUCAGGUCCCAGAUUUUCCACCUCGGAUCAGACUUCCGAGCGCGAGCCCAAGGAGAGCAGUGGCACUGCCAGCGCUCAUCAACGAAUUGGAUUCAGCGGGCAGUUCAGAUGAAUAUGACGAUAAGGAUCACAAUCUCAGCAGAGACGCUAAACUCUUAGAUAUGGCCAACAAGAUGUCCUUGAUGGUUCCCAAGGUGAUGAAACCUCGAUACAGCAGCAUCUGCAGUGAUGAGGAGCUUCUGGAUGAUGAUAGUGACUGUUAUGUAUCUAUAGCAGAAAAACGAGGAUCAUGGAGUGAAGAUUUUGGUUCGAUCCCCAGCUGUCAGAACAGCAUCUACCUGCCAGUCACAGGUCAUGUUAGUGCUCCGCUCCCUCAAGAGGACUUGGCCUCUACUCUCACCCCUGUCAUUAAAGUGGGCUGGCUCUACAAGAAUCCUCCUCAGGGGUCUCUCAUCUACCAGCGCCGUUGGGUCAAACUGGAUGCUGAAUACCUGAGAUACUUUGAUACUGAGAAGGACGUUUACUCAAAGAGGAUCAUACCAACUGCCUCCAUCACAGGGGUGGUCAACGUGGGCGAUCAGAAGUUUGAGGUUGUGACACACAAUCGCACUUUUCUGUUCCGAGCGGAGAGUGACGUAGAGAGAAGCGAAUGGGUGACCGUGUUGAAGAAUUGUAUUGGAGCGUCUCGGACACAAGCAGGUCUGGAUUUGACUUUUAACCCCAGUACGACCUCUGAGAUGAGAGGUUAUCUGGAGCUGCGUGGUCUGCGCUCUAAACUCUACACUGUGGUGUGUGGAGAUAAAGUCUUUCUCUACAAGAACACUGAGGAUUAUCGUCUGGGAAUAGGAAUCACUUCUAUUGAUAUGAAUGUUGGGAAUGUGAAGGAAGUGGACAGAAGAGCGUUCGAUCUGACCACACCGUACCGCAUAUUCAGUUUCAUAGCAGAUACCGAGCAGUUAAAGGACCAGUGGGUUGAGGCGAUGCGUGACUCGAUCGCAGAAGCAUUGUCUAACUUUGAAGUUGCUGAACAAAUCUGGUCAUUGCCAGCCAAUCAGAUCUGUGCGGACUGCGGCACGGCCAAGCCUGAGUGGGCGGCCAUCAACCUGUGUGUGGUUUUCUGUAAACGUUGUGCAGGUGAACAUCGUGGGCUCGGUCCGAGCAUUUCUAAAGUACGGAGUCUCAAAAUGGACAAGAAGGUUUGGACUGAAGAUCUGAUUCAGUUGUUUCUCACGCUAGGAAACGAGCGAGCCAAUCAGUUUUGGGCAGCGAACGUCCCUCCCAGUGAGGCUUUAGCUGUCGACAGCAGCAGUGAAGAGAGACGCCGCUUCAUCACGGCAAAAUACCGGGAAGGGAAAUACCGCAGGUAUCAUCCGCUGUUCGGUAACCAGAGAGAACUCAACAAUGCGCUGUGUAUUAACGUUCAGUCAAACGAUGUGUGCGAGACGUUGGCUCUGGUGUUCUGCGGCGCUGAUGUGAACUGUGACACCGGUGACCCGGACCUGCCCUCCCCCAUCACCCUCGCCCAGCAUCACGGCCAGAACCCGCAGGUGGAGCUCCUCGCUCAGAACCGCAAUACAGAGCUCCCGAGGUCAGAGGUGGAGGUCGCCAUAGAUACGUUACACUACAUGGCCCCGCCCUCCAUCACGCAUAAUGGAUUCCUGUUUAAGACCGCCUCCAUGGCUCGUCCAAUCACAGAGAAGAAGAGUAAAGAAGAGUUCAGUCGUCGCUGGUGUGUGCUGAACGACGGACAUUUCAGCUACUACGAAAGUGACAAAAACGCUACGCCCAACGGAGGUCUGAAGAUGAGGGAGAUCGUGUGUCUGGCUGUCAAUCCUGCAGAGGCUCAUGGGUACGAUCACACGUUCGAGCUGUACUCGGAUUCAGAACGCUUGUAUCUCUUCGGCACUGAUAAUCCUGAGGCCGCACACGAGUGGGUCAAAUCCAUCGCCAGGUCGUUUAUUCCUGUGGCCGCCGAAGUUCUGCUGUUGAAAGACUUUGAGCGCAUCGGUCAGCUGCGUUAUAAAGACGGACUCAAUCUGGAGACGUCUAGACUGGGCUGGUUCUGUCUGGUGGGAUCCAGUCUCCACAUCUGUCUGGAGGAGCACAACAGAGACGAGACCAUCGACCUGCAGAAGCUCCUGGAGCUGUCGAUUCAGCCAGACAACGACGUGCUGGUGCUGGUGGAGAGAGGCAGGACGCUGUACAUCGAAGGCGAGAGGAAGCUGGAUUUCCAGGGCUGGGCGGCAGCGAUCCAGAGAGCGGCCGGGAGUUCUGGAGACACGCUGAGCCUCCAGCAGCUGACAGAAGCGGAUAUUCCUGUCAUAGUGGAGCGCUGCAUUCAUUUCACCACACAAUACGGUCUGAUCUCAGAAGGAAUCUACCGCAAGAGUGGGCUGAACAGUAAGAUCGCCGCCCUGCUGGAGGAUUUCAGACGGAACGCCAGGUGCGUGUGGCUGAAGGAGGGUGAACAUCAGGUGGAUGAUGUUUCCAACGUCCUCAAGAGGUUCUUCAGAGACAUCGAGGAGGGAUUGUUUGGACAGCAGUCGCACAACUGGCUUACCACUACAGCAAUUUCAGAUGAGAGCAGCAGGAUGUCACAAUAUCGUGUUCUGUUCAGUAAUCUGCCGAGAGUGAAUCAAGCGACGCUACGAGCUCUAGUGAAUCAUUUAUACUGUGUCCAGCGGUUCUCUGAUCUCAAUCAAAUGAACCUUCAUAAUCUGGCCAUCGUGUUUGGGCCGACACUCUUCCAGAUGGAUGGGAAGGACUACAACGCCGGCCGUGUCAUCGAAGAUCUCAUCCAACACUACGUCACCAUAUUUGAUGUGAAUGAGCAGCAGCUGAAGAGGCAGUUGGAUGAAAUCACAUACAUCAUUAAACUCCGAGAGAAUCUCAACCCUAAAGCAGGACCUGCCAGCGGUGAUUUUAUUUGUACAGUUUACUUGGAGGAGAAGAAGGAGACUGCUGAGCAGCAUGUGAAGAUUCCUGCCACAAUGACGGCAGCAGAACUGACCUUUGAGAUUCUGGACAGACGGAAGAUCAGCGUGAAAGAGAAGGACUACUGGUGCUGUUUUGAGGUCCAUGAGAAAGAGGAGAUAGAGCGGCCGCUGCACUAUCAGGAGAGAGUUCUGCCCAUCGUUCAUUCUCUGAGUACAGACAGCUACCUGCUGCUGAAGAAACACUUCUCGAUGGAAGCCAUGCUCGUCUACCUGGCCAGUAAAGUGGAGGUGUCUAAACACGGUAUGAUGAAGUUCAGAGAGGAGAGGAAUCUACUGGGUCUGAGCACCGGAAGCUUUCAUGAUCGAUACUUCAUCCUCACCAGCGCAUCGCUCAGACUCUAUAAAGACGUCCGGAGUAAUCGUCCAGAGAGGGAGUGGUCAGUCAAGUGUCUGAAGGUCUAUCAUGGCAUUAAAAAGAAGCUCCGCCCCCCUACAUGGUAUCUGUGCUGUGACACACAGACUGAGAUGAGAGAAUGGUUCGCCACAUUCCUGAGCAUACAGAACGGAGGUCGCGUGUGGCCGACCGAGUGGUUGAAGUCCCGCGCAGUGAGUCGUUCCACGCCUCUGGACGCUCGUUUUGGUAACGUGUCUCUGAUUCCUCUGCGCGGCAGUGAGAACGAGAUGAGGAAUAGUGUCGCCGCUUUCACAGCCGAUCCUCUCGCUCUCUUUAGAAAUGUUUGAUGGCGGAUUAAAUGAUGUUCAGGAACUGAAGGUGUGGGGCGGUUUUGUCACGUUGAUGGUGAGAAUAGUUUGGAACGUCGGUCAGAUCGUGUGUGAAUAAUUCCGAACCACUCGUUUUUCCAGAUCAUUCGGAUGUUUUACAUGAACCUUCAGAGAGGUGACGGGACCUUAUUCACAUUCACUGGGUGGUGCAUUCUGGGCUAUCGGAAUCAUAUUAUCGGAGUCAUUUCACACGGGUCACAGGGUCUCGAAGGACAGAAUGGAACUGAAGAUCUGUUCAAAUAGAAGUCUUGUUCUCUUUAUACGUUCAGUGUCACAUCUCUUUGAAUUCAGUCGCUGUUCGAACCUCUUGAGAUUGAAGGAGCGUUCAUGAGACGCGCUCCAAUGUCCCAGCAGACCUUCACACACACAUCCAGUUAUGUUGAUUGAUGUAAUAUAACUUUAUUGAUAUGAUUAGUUUCUAUUAUUUCAUCUUUUCCUCCCACACAUUCCAGAUGACAUCUUGGUAAAAGGUCACAUUCUUGAGGCCUUAAUAAUCAUAAACAUGAACGAAACGCAUUUGUGUUAAUCAUUUUGAGAACAACUCUUAUUUAACGAGUCACGUUUAUCAGUUUGUUUACAUAAAAAUGAUUGUAGAGAAUAAUCGAACAUUUGACUUGAGCAUGAUUUACAGGUGUUGUUCUGGUGAUGGAUGUUGUGUGAUCUGAUGACAUUUGUGUCUCGAGUAAAUGAGUUUGCACAAUGAUUUUUCAUCAGUUUUAUGAAUUUUAGCAGUGGUUUCCACUGAACUUUAUGAAGGGUUUCUGAGUGUGUGUGUUGAGACAGAAUCGUCUGCUUAACAAAUCAAACCUUGGUCUGAGAACACACGUUCUGUUACAUGUUUAUAUGUUUUUAUUCAGCAGUAUUUCCAGUGAGCUUCUGAUGUGUAUUUGUGUAGAUAUCCGUGAAAUAAUUAUUUUCUAAUAAUCCUGUUGAAAUACUGUGAGAUUAUAACUAGAGUUGAUUCUUUGACCUGAUGUUUAGUGUUUUAUCUUGUGUUGUUUCUUUGAGAUGAUAGUAAAUGUGAUUUAUGUCAA